GAACCCUUUCUAUAAUAACAAACACUAUAGUAAAAUAUCAUCAACAUAAUAAUUUAAAUUAUUUUAAGUUUGCACACAUACAUAAUGUACCUAUAUAUAUAUGCAUACACAAUAUGGAACCUUUAUAUUCUGCUUCCUUCUCUAUAACUGAGCACACUUGAGGGGAGUUUGUAAGCAUGUCUAUGACAGUGGAGAUAAGAGUUCCAAACUUGGAUUGUGAAGGAUGUGCUUCUAAGCUUAAGAAGACUCUACUCAAGCUCAAAGGAGUGGAAGAAGUGGAAGUAGAGAUGGAAAGCCAAAAAGUGACAGCUCGAGGAUACCGGUUAGAGGAGAAAAAGGUUUUGAAAGCGGUACGACGGGCCGGUAAGGCAGCUGAACCGUGGCCAUACCGCUUAGGUAAUAGCCACUUUGCAUCUUUCUAUAAAUAUCCAUCUUAUGUGACCAACCACUAUUACUCCGAUGCCCACCGUACCGAUCCCACCGGUGGUGUCCACACUUUCUUCCACACUCCGGCCGUUUACUCCGUUGCAGUGGCCGGCGAUGAGAUCGCGGCUUCGAUGUUUAGUGAUGAUAAUCCACAUGCUUGUACCAUUAUGUAAUCUUUUUUUCAUCAUAUACAUAAAAAUGUUUUCUUUGCACC